GCCUCGGUCCGGGUACGGCUGCGACGAUUAGAAAGAGUGCCUCUUCGGUCCCUUAUUACGAGCCCCUCGAGCACUGGUCCCAGCUGGUCUGUGAUCGUGUGCUUCCCAUACACAGUAUAUAUCCAAAGUUACAUUGACCCGUACGGUCGGUAAUUAUCCUCGCGACCAUGGCUGGAGCAGUGCGCCAGCCCAUUGACAUCCCGUCCUUGGAGCGCUAUCUCGAUCGCAAUGUGCCCGAGAUCAAGACUCCCCUGCAGGUGAAGCAGUUUGGCUUUGGCCAAUCAAACCCCACCUAUCUGCUCACCACCGUCGACGGCCAGCGUUACGUGCUGCGGAAGAAGCCCCCCGGAAAGCUCCUGUCGAAGACGGCCCACAAGGUGGAGCGCGAAUACAAGAUCAUCCAUGCACUGGGGCAGACCGACGUCCCCGUGCCCAAGACGUACUGUCUGUGCGAGGAUUCCAGCGUCGUCGGCACCCCCUUCUAUAUCAUGGAGUUCCUGGACGGGCGGAUAUUCAUCGACCCGGCCAUGCCUGAGGUUGGGCCCGAGGAGAGAAAGGCGCUGUGGGAAGACGCCGUGCGGACGCUCGCCAAAUUCCACCGGGUUGUGCCUCAAUCCGUCGGACUGGAGGGAUUCGGAAAGCCGUCCGGGUUCUACGAUCGCCAGAUCGCCACCUUUACAGCGGUGUCCAAGGCACAGUCGCAGGCUGUGGACGUAGAAAGCAAGGAGCCCGUGGGCGAGCUGCCGCACUUUGCAGAGAUGGUGCGGUUCUUCGCCAACAAGGCGACGCAACCGCAAGACCGAGGCACGCUGGUGCACGGCGACUACAAAAUCGACAACAUGGUGUUCCACAAGACCGAACCGCGCGUCAUUGGCAUCUUGGACUGGGAGAUGGCGACGGUUGGGCAUCCGCUGUCGGACGUCUGCAACCUGACCAGUCCUUACUUCCUGGACGGAACGGACCACACGGUCGCGAAUUUCCAGCCGGGCGUGACGCCGGGCCUGCCGACGCGGGACGACUGUUUGCGGCUGUAUGGCCAAGUGGCCGGCUGGAACCCCGUGCCGGACAUCAUCUGGGGGGAUGCCUUCUUCCAAUGGCGGAGUUCGGUCAUCAUGCAGGGGAUCAAGGCCCGGCAUGCGCUGAGACAGGCCAGCAGUGCGCGGGCGGCCGAGUAUGCGCAGAAGACGACCCCGUUUGCGUUGGGAGCUUGGGAGCGCGUCAAGCAGGCUCAGGCGGCAGUGCGCCAGAAGGGCAAGCUCUAGAAAAAAGAGACAUUCCAGUCGUGCCUGGGCCUUUUGGUGAUCAAACAGAACCUCCUCUUUUGUGGAGCAAGGCACGUCACCCGUAUAUGCAUGGUAAGCAAGAAUCGGCGGCCCGACGGUAUUCUAGCUAGGAUAUUUUAGAGGGGAUAGUCUACGGUGAUCAUCUUAGACCUGUAUCUAGAUGUUUGUGUAUGCAGUUUUAUUGAAUAGCGAAGACCAGCU